AUGGCUACCAUGGCAGACGCCGUUUAUCAGGGUCGGAAACCAAUGAAAACCCGCAACGUCGCCGUACUAAGCGCCUUGGGCGUCAUCAGCGGUGCAUUUAUGAUGUUCCGCUUCCUAGCUCCCCAGCGAGGCACGCUCAAUACGAGCGAAGAGAUAGCGGCGUUCCAGGGCACCUCUGGUCAAACAGAUCAAGGUGAUACAACUGGACACACUGCCCGGGCGCCGCGAAAGGGAUAA